AUGCGUCGUUUAAUUUCCUUCUUCAUUGGGAUACAGAUGCUUCUCUCGAUGGUUGCCUCUUCCCCUUUACCCUUUGUUCACCCAUCAUGCAGUUCUUUGGAGGUAAAGGCUGCUGCAGAAGCGGCCGUUGACAAACUCAAUGCACAUCGGAAAGAAGGCUACAUUCUUGGCCUCCAGCGCAUUUUUGAUGCCCGUGAACUACCCCAGUUUGGUAGUUCUCUUUUCUACCUCACCUUGGAUAUGUUAGAAACCGACUGCUAUGUCCUGACUAGGAAACCAUGGAAAGAAUGCAAGAUUAGACAUCUAUACGAGACAGUCUAUGGUCAAUGCAAAGUAGUAAUUGUUUACAACAAGAAUACAGAUUAUUCGCACCUGUUCAGUUAUCACUGUGCCUUACGCCCAGUUUCUAGUUCGGAUAUUGUAUUUCUUUGCCCUGACUGUCCAACGCCUGGAAAUACUUCUGAAGCCGUUUUUCAGCAGACAGCAUUGGAAUCACUGGCCAAAUUCAAUGCUGAAAAUGAACAUAAUCGUUAUUUUGGCCUUGAUAAGGUCACGAAAGCCAGUUCACAGUGGGUUGUUGGUCCUUCCAACUUUGUGGAAUACACCAUCCGUGAGACUUCCUGCCCCAAAAGUACAUCUGUUUCUGACGUCACUCAGUGCCCCUUCCUCCCAGUUGAAACUGCAAAAAGAGGUCUAUGCAAAGGCUCUGUGAUAAUCAGUGAGAUAGAAAAAAAGAAAUUUGUCACUGUAAAAUGUGAUUUCUUCCCACCUCCGAUAGUUCAUACAUUGGCUGCCUCGACAGCUCCUUCCUUUGUUUACCCAUCAUGCAAUUCCGUGGUGGUAAAGGCUGCAGCAGAAGUGGCCCUUAACAAAGUCAAUUCAAAUCGGAAACAAGGCUACGUUCUUGGCCUCCAGCGUAUUUUUGAUGUCCACGAACUACCCAAGAAAAAUGGUGAUUCUCUUUUCUACCUCAUCUUGGACGUGUUAGAAACCAAAUGCCAUAUCCAGAGCGGGAAAAAGUGGAAGGAGUGUGAGUUUAGAAAUAAAGAGGGAGCUCUGUUUCAUGCAGUGGCUUCCGUCCCACUUCCUCACUUUCUUUCCCCAUCGUGCAAUUCUGUGGGGGUAAACAUUGCUGCAGAAGAGGCCCUUAACAAACACAACAAAUAUCGGACAGAAGGCUACGUUCUUGGCCUCCAGCGCAUUUUUGACGCCCAAGAAGUAUCCGAGAAACCGAUUGCCAUGUCCGGAGCAGGAAAUCGUGGAAAGAGUGCAACUUUAGACGUCCACAUGAGACAGUAA